AUGGACAGCGUGGUCGCGGUUGAAAAGAUCUAUGGUGGGUCGCAGAGGCGGGACGCAUCUACUUCAAGCGCCAGCUGUUCAGCAUCAAAGAUGGCGGAAGGUGCCAACGUCUUGCACCAUUGCAACGAAGUCUUGAACAUCGGCGCCAAGCUCCAGCAGCAUCGGUGCCAAGAUGGAGAAGACGAAGACAUUGCGAUCUGCUUGCUGCUCAGUCUCCCGAAGAGUUUCGAGAACGUGGUUCUGAACUUUGGAAGUGAGCAAUGCGAAACUGCGCACGCAAGAUGUGGUCAAGGUGCUGACUAA